CAUUUUAUAAGGAGGAAAGGGGGAAAGAAAAAGGGCGCAGAGAAGCGAGAGAGAGAGAGAGACCAGCGAAAUGGCUUCCGAAAGAUGCUGCUUUUUCCUCGAGAUCGUCCUCUCUAUCAUCCUCCCGCCGCUAGGCGUCUUCCUCCACUACGGCUGCUGCAGCAUGGAGUUCUGCAUCUGCUUGCUGCUGACAAUUCUGGGGUACUUGCCGGGCAUCAUCUACGCGAUCUACGUUCUCGUCGCAGUCGAUCACGAACCCUAUCGGAGAUAUUACUACCAGCCCCUCGCGUAGAGGAUUUGCAUCGUAGCCGCGGUUCGUCUUCAUCAAUAAACUAGAGUCAAGUUUCUUCUAUCUGUCGAUCCUUGUGAUUUGAUGUUGUUAUGUGAUUUCCGAUUUCGUUUGAAACUAUGGUGUGUAGCAUUGUGAGAUCAUGCUUCGAUUUCUCCCCUUUUGCUAAAUUCACAUCGUCGUUUAUGUUUCCAUCCAAA